AUGACUGUGGCUUCCUAUGGAGCUGGAAGGCAGGCAAAUGCCUUUAGAAAACCCACCUUGUCAGCUGAACCAGUUCACAAGAUGGAUCGCCCACUGUAUCGAAGUCUGUUAAAGAUGUGCAUGCCUGUUCUGAGAGGUCCUGAGAACAGAUACAGCUUUGCCAGCUUUGAGGAGAAAAAUAGUAAUUCUUUCCUUGAAUUCAAUCCAUUCACCUAUCCAGUAGGGCCUAAUUACCCUUUAUUCCCACAUCAGGAUAAUUGGCCAGCUCAGCCCUAAACUUUUUGCUCAGGUUUUGUGAGUCCAGGAGAAGAUGCUGACCUGCAGCCCAAUGUUGGAAGAGCUAUUGAAUCUCUGGUAGAAAACAGUGAGAUGAAACCUCACUAGCAUGUCACCAUCCCAGGAAGGAAAGUCCAGCCUGCCUGCAGGAGGUAGAUGAUCCUCCUGGAGGAAACCUAACAGGACAGAAGGUGGAGCGCCAGGGCUGUGUCAGCUGCUUCUGUCAGGGCACAACUCAGUGGCUGGAGAACUUCAGUGAAAGUUGCUCCUGCUCUACCUGACCAAAACCGAUUUUUGUUUUGUAUGGAUCCCGAUCUCAAGGAAUUAAAUGAUCCUUCUGCAAGGUGGAGAGAAGAAAAAGCAAGGGACUAUUUCUACAAGUUAAAUACUGAAAACUCGGACAAAAUAAAUCCCAUCAUCACUGUUGUUGGAAGCUUCUAAGACAGAUUUCAGACAAAAUAUUUUACCUUUUCACAGAGACCUGUUCAUUUGGUAAGCCAAAGCUCUCAAACCUGUCAUAUGCUUUUGUAUAUUGUCUGUGUUGGUGUGGUAAAUUUUGAAGCAAUUGACAAUGGCUGUGUAGACUUUAUCUCGCUUAACCAUGUAUGAACUUCAAAGCCUUGCUACACAAGCAUUGCACACACUUCAAAUAUCCCUGGAUACACUGGCAAGGUUCAUUGGUCAGUAACUCACCCAGCAAAUUCUAAUCUUUCAUCAACAUCCCCAUCAAUAAUUGCACGAAUGCAUGGGUAGGUAUGAAAACACCAAAGCUCAUCUCAGUAUAAUUACCAGGAACCUUUUUCUCAAGUGGUGACUCCUGUUAGUCCUCAGAAAUCCUUCAGCAAGACAGAACAAGAAACUA